AUGUCUAAGGUAGCCAAGUAUCGGCGGCAGGUGAGCGAAGAUCCUGACAUCGACAGCCUGCUGUCCACCCUGUCUCCCGAGGAGAUGGAGGAGCUGGAGAAGGAGCUGGACGUGGUGGACCCAGAUGGGAGCAUUCCCGUGGGGCUGCGGCAGAGGAACCAGACGGAGAAGCAGUCCACGGGCAUGUACAGCCGGGAAGCCAUGCUCAGCUUCUGUGAAAAGGAGACCAAGAAACUUAUUCAGAGGGAGAUGUCCAUGGAUGAAAACAAGCAAGUGGAGACCAAGACAGAUGCCAAGAAUGGAGAGGAAAGGGGCAGAGAUGCCAGCAAAAAAACCCUGGGCCCCAGACGGGACUCAGACCUGGGGAAGGAGCCAAAGAGGGGUGGUUUAAAGAAAAGCUUCUCAAGAGACAAAGAUGAAGCUGAUGGCAAAAGUGGAGAGAAGCCCAAGGAGGAGAAGCUCAUCAGGGGCAUUGACAAGGGCCGGGUAAGGGCUGCGGUGGACAGGAAGGAGGCAGGGAAGGAAGGGAAGGGAGAGGAGAGGGCAGCAGCCCCAAGGAAGGAAGAGGAGAAGCAAGGCAAAGAGAACAAGACCCAGGCACCGGAGAAACAAGCCCCCGCUGGCCCCACCAAGCCCUCUGAAGGGCCUGCCAAGGCGGAGGAGGAAGCGGCCCCCAGCAUAUUUGAUGAGCCUCUGGAGAAAGUGAAGAACAAUGACCCAGAGAUGACUGAGGUCAAUGUCAACAACUCAGACUGUAUCACGAAUGAGAUCUUGGUCCGGUUUACCGAGGCUCUGGAGUUCAACACUGUGGUCAAGGUGUUUGCCCUGGCCAACACGCGCGCCGAUGACCACGUGGCCUUUGCCAUCGCCAUCAUGCUCAAGGCCAACAAGACCAUCACCAGCCUGAACCUGGACUCUAACCACAUCACCGGCAAGGGCAUCCUGGCCAUCUUCCGGGCCCUCCUCCAGAACAACACGCUGACUGAACUCCGCUUCCACAACCAGCGGCACAUCUGCGGCGGCAAGACGGAGAUGGAGAUUGCCAAGCUGCUCAAGGAGAACACCACCCUGCUCAAGCUGGGCUACCAUUUUGAGCUGGCUGGGCCCCGGAUGACGGUCACCAACCUGCUCAGCCGUAACAUGGACAAACAGCGACAAAAGAGGCUCCAGGAGCAACGGCAGGCGCAGGAGGCCAGUGGCGAGAAGAAGGAUCUGUUGGAGGUGCCCAAGUUCGGGGCCCUGGCCAAGGGCUCCCCCAAGACCUCCCCCCAGCCAUCUCCAAAGGCCUCGCCCAAGAACUCACCCAAGAAAGGGGGCGCUCCGGCUGCUCCCCCUCCGCCCCCACCUCCCUUGGCCCCACCCCUCAUCAUGGAGAACCUGAAGAACUCCUUGUCACCAGCUACCCAGAGGAAGAUGGGAGACAAAGUCCUCCCCACCCAGGAGAAGAACUCCCGCGACCAGCUACUGGCUGCCAUUCGCUCCAGCAACCUCAAGCAGCUCAAGAAGUUAAGUAGUUGUGGGCAGAGGUCUCGGACCCAGCCCCUGGCGCUGGCCGUGAGUGGGAUGGCGGGGCCUGGGGGCUGCUGA